CUCAAAUUGCAUUUGGAAACAAAACGUUAAUAUGACAACGUUCUCUGUGUAAUUUUACAACACUAAGCCACAAAAUUGAAAAUUAAAAUUAAGCAUUAUUUUUGUUUAUUUAAAUAUUGUUUCGGACAAGACAACUUAGUGAUUCGCCACCAUGCCCGUGGUGGAUUUGACAGUCGACCGCAAUCUAUUGUGUCCCAAUUUCGAUGGCUACAAGCUCUCUUUUGAUACGGUGCCGGUACUGCGCCAAUCUUUCCAACGAAAUCCAUUAAAAUUGGAGCCGCAUGUGAAUCAAUAUUCGCUGCUGCAUGUCGAGCUAUUCGCCAAGCACAAUUUGCUUUUUUCCGAUCCAUGGUCCCGGCACAAUAGCUACUAUAUAAAUACGGCUCAUGAGCUAGUAUUAUGCUCGUACGACGAGCUGCGCGGCCAGCCUCGUGAUCAGCGAGUUGUUUACAAAAUGCAGUUGAAUGAUCAUGGAGAUGGCCAUGAACACUUAGUGGGGGAUUACAAUUAUUCGCUGCGGUUUAUCUCCGAGAAGUAUUGUGUGGUGUGCGACGGUAAGUUAAGCUAUCAUCUGCUCGAAACGGGCGAUCGCAUGCGGAACACCCAAUGGCAGCUGGUGACCCGGACGCAAAUACAGGUUGAUUCAUUGAGCCGUGGCUUUGUGCUAUACGAUGCUCGGCUGGAUAUUGUGCAGGAGCGUAAGCAAAUCUCCUUAGUUGCCGGACACGUGCACCGCGGAGAAGCGGCGGAGAAGCAUGUAAUGCAGCUUAUCUGGUCGCAUUGGACGCUGAAUCCUCAAACGUCAGCCAAUUGGAAGUAUGAGCAAUGCGAGCAGCUGGAGACAAGCGGCUCCUUAUACUACUGCGCCUUUGAGCCGCGCGCUGAAUCACUAAUAGUCUGCAGCAAUGGGCAGCUGCAGACGCAAGCGGCCGCCCAGGAACAGACCAAGGAGCAGUCAAAUAAAGCAACCACGCCCGCCUACAGCUGGAGACAAACGGAAGAACAUUUGCUGAUAGACUUUGCCAUGGCAAAAGACACCAGUUGCAAAGAUUACGAAAUUAUCUGUUCAAGUAGUCAGGCGCUAGUCAAGUACCAGGAGCUGGCGCUAUUACAGGGUAAAUUGUACGCGGCCGUAGAGGAAAACCAGACUAGCUGGAAUGUAGAGGGAGACGUGCUGCAGCUGAAGCUAGUAAAACAAAUGGCGGAGCAGUGGCCUCAACUGUUGCAAAGCGAAGAGGGACCUAAGGAGCUAGAGAUGGAACAGCAGGAGCUGCCAGAAACGGAGCCAGACCGUUUGCCCAUACCCAAUCUUGAGGACCCCAUUGAAGAUUGUGAUUUUCCCUUAGCCACAGCAGAACAGGAUAUUAAAAUGGUACGCUUCAAUCAUUGCUGUUCAGAAAUUACGCACACAAUUUUUAUGGGCAAUGCGCCGCCGUUGUUUGCCAGCUCGUUGCGUGCUGGCUAUCCGGCGGCGUUUGUCACACGUCAGGGCGUAGAUGCAGCUGUCUGGCUACAGUCCUAUCAGCCAUCCAAGCCGGGCGCAUGGGGCGUGCGACACGAAGGUAAUUUGCAUGCCUUUGGCUAUGUGCAAGCCUCCAAGCAGCAGCGCAAAUUUAUUGACUGCUGUCCGCAGAUGGACUAUGCGGUAAUUGCAGAGAGCUAUCGUCAUGUUUUCAUCUAUAAGCCUCGUUAUGAUUCCGCCGGAGGAUUACGCAAUCGUAACGGUCCACAGGUGGUGAUUGGCAAACAAAAUUUAGUUACAUUGGAUGAUGACUUGGGCGAAGUGUUAGGAUUGGUGACGGCUACAAAUGUGAUUACUUUGCUCACCGAACAUGCUGUUGUCUAUCUCCAGGUUUAAUAAAAACAAAUCGAAGACAUAAU